AUGGUAGAUCCAACUGAUCAGUCAUCAGAUACAACAACAACAACCACAACCACAACAACUAGUUCAACAGCUCCUACAGAUCCAACAACUAGGGCAGGUGACCUCAGCAUGAGUGACCUUGAGAGUGGUAAUUAA